AUGGACAUAGAUUCGAAGAUUCGGGCGUACAGAUUUGUUGGAUAUGCGGCUGUUUUCUUCUCAGCAGUCACCGUCUUCAGCGUGUGCAUCACCUUGCCUAUCGUCUACAACUACACCCAGCAGAUGAGACGCAAUAUCAAUAGCGAAGUUGAGAAAUGUCGUGUUGAAAUCAAGAACACGUGGACUGAGGUUUUGAUUGAAGAAAUUCUGCUUGGUGAAUCUGAUUCUUUUUCGAAAAAAGUUUUCCGAAAGAAAAGACAGACGAAAAUAAUGGAUCAACCGUUUAACCAAGUGGAGAAUGUUGCCGAAGCAGAAGAAGAAAUGGAGUAUUUAAAGGUUGAAACCGAAAAGCAAGAAAUGAGUGCACAAAUCGGCAAUGUUGUCAAAAAAGUCAAGAGAAAUCUGACUGCUGAAAUCAAACGUUUAAGUAUUGCUUCUAGUGGAUCACUUCAAGAGCUCACCAAAGCACUUCUGGCAACGUUUCCAAGGAGAAAAGGAAAAAUAACCCAUCUCCCCUUGACUCUUGAUGGGGAAAUUGAUAUUCGAGAGAAUCAGGAUGAUGUGAAGAUUGACGCUGUUCCUCCCUUCGAAGAGAAUCAGUUGACCUUUACGUUUGCUAAUCUCCGAGAUGAUGAUCUUUCCAUUGAGGUUAUCAAAUGGGAAACUGGGUACAAAACGAAAUUCAACGGGUUGAGUGCCGUUGAUAAGCCGAUCAUUUUCACCGAUAAACUGGUAAUCGAUCUGAACCAUUCAAACACUCAAAAGCAUUUUCAACAAUGCAUCGAGCGUUACGAUGAUGAAUUUUUCCCUUGGAUCGAAUUCGAGUUCACGAGGAAGACGGAAAAAAAGAUCUACUGGAUAAUCUUUGAAUGGAAGAAAGAAAACUCACUUUGGUUCCCUCGCUUCACUGAUCGACGUCCUUUUCUUGGCGGUCUGGUUUGGCGGAAUGGGCCCAAGAUCCGAUUCUAUAAAGGACUUUCCGUAAAAGACUUCCUAUCAGUUUCUGAUGUAAAAUUCGAUCAAACGAUGAUUCAAUUCAAAUUGAAAAGCAUUCCUGGUUUCAACCCUGUUGGCCGAUUCGCUCAAAGAGAACCACGAGAUAAAGGCAUUCGAAUGGUUGUGCUUAGCAAUCAGGAACUCAAUCCAGAGCAGGAGAACUUCUGUAUUGACAAGGACGGUGAAACAAUUGCAAUCACUUUCCGAAAUCCACGAGCCCAGGCUUGGCUUCAACAUGAUCAAGUGUCUCACACUUGUCUCACACACAAACCAAAAUUCUACCACGAAAGAGGAAUCCGCAAAUUGCCUGUAAAAUGGGCAGAAAUCGUCAAUAAUAAUGGAAAUUAUUUGGAA